AUGGGAGCUCUAAUUUCCUUGCCUUGUGUGAGCACGGGCGCAAUUACAUCUAUUUGCGGCGCAAUCACUUGCUUCCAUUUCUGCAACUCAAUCGACGGGACGAUUCCUUCAGCCAUCAUGACCCGCUUGACAUACGCUUUUGUUUUGAUGGUCAACUCCCUUAUGCUGUGGGUCGCCAUGUCACCAUUCAUCGUGCACAAGAUCGAAAAGAUGUCCUUCGGAUUUAUAAACUACCUGUGUGGUCCCGACGGAAAAAACUGUAUCGGCUUCAGCUCUGUGCAUCGUAUAAACUUGGCACUAGGAACAGUCCACCUCAUCUUGGCGGCGAUGUUUAUUUAUAAGCGGCCGGCCAGUCAUGUGCGGCUUGUUGUCCAGAACGGAUGCUGGAAAGUGAAGCUUUUUGCGUGGGCCGCUCUUUUGGCCAUAAACUUUGUGGUGAUUCCCGAUAGCUUUUUCAUUUUCUACGGCAACCAUAUCGCGCUCAUAUUUUCGACUGCCUUCCUUGGUGUUGGCUUGAUCUUAUUAGUGGAUUUUGCCCACGCUUGGGCCGAAACGUGCCUCGAGAAAAUCGAAUUGGAAGAGUUGACAGGAGAAGGCGAGUACAAUGCGGGCUUGUGGAAAAAACUACUCGUGGGAGGCACGUUGGCCAUGUACGUGUGCAGCAUUGUGUUGACAGUCAUCAUGUACAUUUUCUUUGCUGCCAAGGGCUGCUCUAUGAACCAGACCGCAAUCUCCAUCAACUUGGUGCUCGCAGUUGUGAUUUCGGUAGCGUCUGUCAAUCAAAGCAUCCAAGAACUGAAUCCAAACGCUGGCUUGGCGCAGGCGUCCAUGGUCGUGUUGUAUUGUACUUACUUGGUGCUUAGUGCUGUUGUUUCGGAGCCAGAUGAUAAGAUGUGCAAUCCUCUAGUACGUUCCCGCGGAACACGUACGUUGAGUGUGAUCAUGGGUGCAUUGUUCACGUUUGUGGCAUUGGCAUACACUACGACACGCGCAGCCAACCUGACGUUUUUUGAGGAGGAACAGGCGCCGAAAAUAGAUGCACAGCCGAGUGAAAGAGCACAAAUGAGAUACCAGGCAAUCAAACAAGCGGUUGACGAAGGACUGUUGCCACAGAGCGCACUCAACCAGGUUUCCUUGUACGACGAAGAUGAACUGCGAGGCAAAGAAAAAGAGCUGGAAUCGUACAACUACACGAUAUUCCAUAUUAUCUUUUUCUUGGCCACCCAGUACAUAUCCACGCUUUUGACAAUUAACGUCAAGCAGGACGAUGUGGGCGACUUUAUACCGGUAGGCCGGACUUAUUUUUCGAGUUGGGUCAAGAUCAUCAGCUCCUGGGUGUGCUAUGUGCUUUAUGGCUGGAGCCUUGUUGCGCCCAUGAUCUGGCCGGACCGGUUCAGCGCGAUGCACCUUUAG